CCUACUUCUGCAAAGAGCAACCUGUGCUGCAAGCUUCCUUAUCCAAAUAUGAGCCGUAGAAUCUCUCCUUUUAUUCCCCCCCUUCUGCUUUUAUUCUGUCUUGGUUUGCAGCUCGCAAAUGGUAGGGUCACUGACACUCUCCGACCAGGCCAAUCACUAACAACCUCGGAGACUAUUGUCUCUGCUAAGGGAAAGUUUGAACUUGGUUUCUUCUCCCCGGGAAAUUCGACAAGGUAUUACGUGGGAAUAUGGUACAAGAAAGAUCCUAACCGCACCGUAGUUUGGGUUGCAAAUAGAAAGCGGCCAUUCCCAGAUUCCUCUGCCGUUCUAACCCUAAAUCCAAAUGGGACCCUUGUAAUAUCUGGCGGCAUAAUGCAGUACACGGUGUCCAACACUUCAGCUGGGAACGAUACGGCCUAUGCCAUGCUAUUGGAUACAGGCAAUUUUAGAGUUACAAAGGUCUCAGGUGUUGUUUUGUGGCAAAGCUUUGAGCAUCCUACUGAUACUCUUUUGCCCGGAAUGAACAUAAGUGAUGUCACCACAGGAUGGUCAUUAAAAUCAUGGAAAAGUACUGAAGAACCUGCUCCUGGUCUUUUCUCUCUGCAUCUCGGUUCUUGGAACGAACUGCUUCGGGGUUCUUGGAAAGAAUUAAUAGUAAUGAAGGGAUCUGAAACAUACUGGUCUAGCGCACUCAUCGGUCGUCUGGCUGAUAUGUUUGUGAUUGAUGGGGAGUCCGUCACUUGGCGUAGUAAGUACACCGAUACCGAUGAUAUGUUAAGAAUAGUUUUAGAUGUAACAGGGCAGUUUAGACUAUUAUCAUGGACAGAAGUUAACCAAUCUUGGCAAUUGUUAUCCUCGCCCAAGUGCGGGGCUUAUGCAUUAUGUGGUGAUUACAGCAUAUGCAGUGAGACAACCGAUAGAGGAUGUGACUGUUUGCCAGGUUUUAAACAGCUGGUAGCUGAAGGGAAUAAGUCGAGUGGCCGAGGGUGUGUGCGGAAAAUUAAUCUGCAGUGCGGAAAUGAUACACAAUUUUCCCCCUUGUCUCAGGUAGAUUGGCCCAGUAAUCCGAAUAAAUUGGACAUUAGCGACUCUGCAGAGUGCAUGUCAGCUUGCUUGACCAACUGUUCCUGUAUUGCUUAUGCUUAUGAUCAUCGAAAGCAUGACUGCUUAGUAUGGGAAGGUCCUCUACUAAAUGUGAAGCAGCUCUCAAAAGAUGAUGGAUAUGGAAAUGAUUUUUAUCUGAAGCUUGAUCGUUCGGAAUCGAUUACCAAAGGACAUAAGAACACGAAGGUUGCAGGGCUAUUGUGGGCAGUCAUCAUACCGACCACAUCUCUUGCAUUGGUAUUCAGUCUUUUUGUGUAUUGUGUGAGGAGAAAGAAAAAGCUCAAAAGAAAGGGGGUCGAUUUGUUACUGUUAGAUUUGAGCAUGACUAUAGAGUCUAAUAGUUCGGAGCUUACUGAGUCAAGUAGGCAUGGGGAUAGUAGAAGAGGCGAAGUCAAAAUGCCAUUAUUCAGUUUUGCAAGUGUUUCUGCGGCUACUGAUAAUUUCUCGUCUGCAAAUAAGCUAGGCGAGGGCGGUUUUGGACCCGUUUACAAGGGAAUAUUACUGAGAGGGGACGAGGUAGCAGUAAAAAGACUUUCGAGAAGAUCUGGGCAAGGUUGGGAGGAGCUAAAAAACGAAGCAAUGCUCAUAGCCACACUCCAACACAAGAAUCUUGUUAGACUUUUGGGCUGCUGCAUUGAAGGAGAUGAAAAGAUACUAGUUUAUGAGUAUAUGCCAAAUAAAAGCUUGGAUUUCUUCCUGUUCGAUCCAGAAAAGCGCAAGAUGCUAGAUUGGGGGAAACGGAUUCAAAUCAUUCAAGGGGUUGCUCAAGGACUUCUUUAUAUUCAUCAGUAUUCCAGGUUAAGGAUUAUACAUAGGGACUUGAAGGCUAGCAACAUUUUGUUGGACACCAACAUGAAUCCCAAAAUAUCAGAUUUUGGAAUGGCAAGAAUAUUUGGAGGAAACGAGUCAGAAGCAAAUACUAAUAGGAUCGUGGGCACGCACGGUUACAUGUCACCUGAAUAUGCUCUGGAAGGUGUCUUCUCCAUCAAAUCUGAUGUCUUUAGCUUUGGCGUCUUAUUGUUAGAGAUUUUGAGUGGCCAGAAGAACACUGGUUUUUAUCAACUUGACUGUCUCCAUCUUUUGGGAUAUGCGUGGGAAUUAUGGAGUAGUGACAAGGGAUCAGACUUAGUGGAUCCGUUGCUCCAUGAUGAUAUGUCCUCCAUGUCUAUGGUGUUGAGAUAUAUUAACAUUGCUCUCCUCUGUGUACAAGAAAGUGCAGCGGAUAGACCUACCAUGUCCGACGUUGUCGCAAUGCUUAGCAAUGAUAGUACAGUUCUACCUUAUCCCAACCAACCUGGUUUCUUGUUUGUGAGAAGUAAGGUGAAGGCAAACCCAAUCAGUGGCGUGUCAGACUUCUCUUAUCUGAAGAAUGCAACAGUUUCAAUAGUUGAAGGCCGUUAAGCUUUGAAAGACCGGCCAUAAGCGUCAUACUAUCUUUGUAAAUCAUCAUAAAAACAUUCUGUUUGGUUGCCUACUUUCGGUUUGUACUUCCCCUUUUUCCUGUUUUAUGUCGAAGUCCACUCAACAGAGUGAGCAGUGUGUAUGGGAUUUUUGAGUCUUUAGCCGUAGAACCUGUUAAUGUGGUUAUGGUAUUAUAGUCAGUCCUGUUACAUAGUCGAUAAAUAUGAUCUUCCAUCUCCGAUAAGGAGAGAUCAAGCAUGCCUGAAACAUUGCAAUACU